AUGCCGAACCGGAGACCGAAAGUGUUGGUUCAGACGGCAGCCCACGUAAGCGGUGCCGCCUUUUACUACAAACCCGAUGUGAUUGAAGGCAUAUCGGCGUCGGACCGACUGUUAGGGGUUUGCAUUCACCCGCGUUUUGGCGGUUGGUUUGCCAUCCGAGGGAUUGUCGUGUUUACGAGUCUUACCACUGACUCACUUGAGAGAAGACAACCUAAAGAUGUGAUCCAAGCGUUGGAACUGAAGAAGAAGUUGUUGUAUAAGUUUAACAUUGAUUGGAAAGACUGGUCCUAUCGGGACAUUAUUCCUGUCGUUAAAAAGUAUAGCGAUUUGCAAAUCAAAUACUUUUCGCUCAAACCCUGCGAUCGCAAAGAAUACCUCAAUUAUUUAGUAAAUUUACAAAAUUAA